AUGUCUGCACCGGCGAGGGGGAUGGCUGCUAUGGAGGCAGGCGAUAGGACGGCUGUAGCUCAGCCAAUAGAAAGGGCCGAUGAGGGGGCGGCUGUAGCGGAGCCGAUACAGAGCGACGUGAGCAGGCAGUCAUCGGUCAGCGGAAGGAACGGUGCUGACGAGCCUGCGGAGCGGGCUUCCGGAAAUCACGGCGCGGAUCACGGGGCGGGUGUAGCACGCGCGUUGCAGCAAGUGGCGGCGGCAGGGGCGCAGGAGGACGAUCGCAGAGACGACGGACUGAGCUUCUGGCAGCACAUGGUUGCAGGAUCUGUCGCAGGCAUGGUAGAGCACAUGGCCAUGUUCCCCGUCGACACAAUCAAGACGCGCAUGCAAGCGCUCGCCACCACCAGCCCCCCCGUUCCCCCCGUUCCCCCCGCGCCCUCCGCACCCUCUGCUGCUUUCUCCGCCCUCCCGUCCGCCUCUCCUUCCGCGCUUUCCUCCUUCUCGUCUCUCUCCGCCUCUAGGGGCGUCCCCGCUGCCACUUGCGCCUUCCAAUCCACGUGCUCUGUCGCAAAUCCAGCAUCAGCAGCAGCGCAGACCCUCUCGCAUUCGCCCACAAUCCGGAACGCAGUUUCGUCUAUCCUUAAAACGGAAGGCGCGGCAGGCUUAUAUCGGGGAAUAGCUGCCAUGGGGCUGGGGGCCGGUCCUGCCCAUGCCGUGUACUUCGCCGUUUACGAAGCGGCGAAAGAGUCGUUACUGAGAAACAGCAGUAGUAGCAGCAGCAGCGUCUCCGAUGGUUCAGGGUUUACGCCGGCUUUAGGGUUUUCGCUGCCACCAGCAGUCGCGCAUGCGACGGCGGGCGCGCUGGCGACGGUGGCGAGCGACGCGGUGCUGACGCCGAUGGACGUCGUGAAGCAGCGCCUGCAGCUUCGGCGCAGCCCAUAUGCUGGCGUGGUGGACUGCUGCCGCAAGGUGCGUGGGGAGGAGGGUGGGCACGUUGGUGGGCACGUGGGUGGGCACGUGGGUAGGCACGUGGGUGGGCAGGUGGGUGGGCACGUGGGUGGGCACGUGGGUGGGCACGUGGGUGGGCACGUGGGUGGGCAGGCGAGUGGGGAGGUGGGUGGGCACGUGGGUGGGCACGUGGGUGGGCACGUGGGUGGGCAGGCGGGUGGGGAGAUGUUACAAGAAGAGGGGAUUUACUCCUUUUACCGCUCCUAUCGCACCACGCUAGUCAUGAACGUGCCCUUUACAGCCGUGCACUUUGCCACGUACGAGGCCAGCAAGGCAGGCCUGGGGCGGGCGCUACCGGGGGAGGCAUUACCUGGGGAGGGCGUGCUGGACGAGGACAGGCUGCUCACUCACGUGCUGGCGGGCGGCGCUGCUGGCGCUCUUGCCAGUGCUGUGACUAAUCCUCUUGACGUUGUGAAGACACGGCUACAAUGCCAGGGUGUCUGUGGAGUGAAGCGGCUGCAGAGUGCAUCGGUGACGGCAGCGCUGCGCAGCAUAGUGAGGGAGGAGGGGUGGGGGGCGCUGCUGAGGGGCAUGCGAGCACGAGUGCUUUUCCACACGCCCGCCGCUGCCAUUGUCUGGUCAACAUACGAAGCUUCCAAGAACCUGCUACGGGACUUGUGA